AUGAGAAUUCAAGUUUCAGCCAUUUUGUUAUUAGGUGUUAUUGUAGCCUCGGGGGCAGAGCCAAAUGAACUGGUUUCCUUUGCGUGUCUGUUCUUUCAGGACAUGUUUAAAGAGUGUCCGGAAGUGGACGGAGUAUGGGGAACAUGGGGACCUUAUUCAUCAUGUUCAUCAAAUUUUACCGGAGGAACUCGUACACGAACUAGAAGCUGUGACAAUCCUUCAGCAUCAAAUGGUGGAUCCCAGUGUCCUAACAUUAUCACAGGCGCUACAGAGACAGAGGACUGCAACACAGAAAUUCCAUGUCCUGUUGAUGGCGAUUGGGGAAACUGGGGAGACUUUUCCAAUUGUACAAAAACCUGUGGUAAUGGUACGUGGACUCGACAACGACUUUGUGAUAAUCCAAGUCCUGCACAUGGUGGUGAAACUUGUAUCGGAAAUCAAACUGAAACUGAGGCAUGCGCAGAAAUUCCCUGCCCAGUGGAUGGAAACUGGGGAGAAUGGUCGGAUUUUAGCGACUGUUCUACAACAUGUGAUGGAGGAACACAAAACAGAACAAGACUAUGUGAUGAUCCAGAACCGAGUAAUGACGGUGCUACCUGUUCUCCUCCUGGUAGCGAAACUAGGUCCUGUAAUCCCAUUUCAUGUCUAGAGGCAGUUUGUGAGGAGAAGCAAUAUGUUUACAAUGCCAGUAUCGGUAUUUGUAUCCAGCUAUAUACAGAUAAGAAAAACUUCGACGACGCCAAUACUGCAUGUACAGCAGAUGGUGCUUUUCUUUUUAAAAUGGAUACAACUGACAAAUUAGAAGUUGCCAAAGAGAUUAUUGUGGAUAGAAAAUCAGACCAGGGUGGCUAUUUAAUUGGAGCUCGUAAUGAUAAUGCGGAUGCUACUUUCAGAUGGUUGGAUGGUUCCAGAGUAACGUGGAUUGGAAACGCUCCAAAUAAUCCAAAUGAAAAUUGUGUAAGACUUAGGAAGGCAGAUUAUCAUAUGGAUGAAGCUGUUUGUGGAAGAAAAAGAUAUUUCUUUUGUCAGAUAACUGUACCAACCUGGACAGCUCCUGGAGGAGGUCCAUAG